AUGGCGAUCACCAAGAUCCACGCGCGUUCUGUCUACGAUUCCCGCGGUAACCCAACCGUCGAGGUCGACGUUGUCACCGAGACUGGCCUUCACCGUGCCAUCGUCCCAUCCGGAGCUUCCACCGGACAACACGAGGCUGUUGAGCUUCGUGAUGGAGACAAGAGCAAGUGGGCUGGCAAGGGUGUUACCAAGGCUGUUGCCAACGUCAACGAGACAAUUGGCCCAGCCCUCAUCAAGGAGAACAUCGAUGUUAAAGAUCAAUCCAAAGUUGAUGAGUUCUUGAUCAAGCUUGACGGAACUCCAAACAAGGGAAAGCUUGGCGCUAACGCCAUUCUUGGUGUUUCUUUGGCUGUUGCUAAAGCCGCCGCUGCUGAGAAGCAAAUUCCUCUCUAUGCACACGUCUCCGACCUCGCUGGUACCUCCAAGCCAUACGUCCUUCCAGUUCCUUUCAUGAACGUUCUCAACGGAGGAUCCCACGCCGGUGGACGAUUGGCUUUCCAGGAGUUCAUGAUUGUCCCAUCCGCCGCUCCGUCCUUCUCUGAGGCACUCCGCCAUGGAUCUGAGGUCUACCAGGUCUUGAAGAGCCUCGCAAAGAAGAAGUACGGCCAAUCCGCAGGAAACGUCGGUGACGAGGGUGGUGUUGCACCAGAUAUUGCAACCGCUGAGGAGGCUCUUGAGCUCAUUACCGAGGCCAUUGAGAAAGCUGGUUACACUGGAAAGAUGAACAUUGCUAUGGAUGUCGCUUCCAGUGAAUUCUACAAGGAGGACGUCAAGAAAUACGACUUGGACUUCAAGAACCCCGAUAGCGACCCAGAGAAGUGGAUCACUUACGAGCAACUUGCUGAGCAAUACCAAACUCUCGCCAAGAAAUACCCAAUCGUUUCCAUCGAGGAUCCUUUCGCUGAGGACGACUGGGAGGCAUGGAGCUACUUCUACAAGACUUCCGACUUCCAAAUUGUCGGUGAUGACUUGACUGUUACCAACCCAAUCCGCAUCAAGAAGGCUAUCGAGCUUAAGUCUUGCAACGCUCUUCUCCUCAAGGUCAACCAAAUCGGUACUCUUUCCGAGUCUAUCCAGGCUGCCAAGGACUCUUACGCUGCUGGAUGGGGUGUCAUGGUCUCCCACAGAUCUGGUGAGACCGAGGACGUUUCGAUCUCAGAUCUAGUCGUAGGCUUGCGGUGUGGAGAGAUCAAGACAGGAGCUCCAGCCCGAUCUGAGAGAACUGCUAAGUUGAACCAGAUUCUUCGAAUUGAGGAGGAACUUGGUGACAAAGCUAUCUACGCCGGGGAGAACUUCAGAACUGCUAUCAACUUGUAA